UGAGCUGGUUUUUAUACCCUACUUUCCUUGCUCCCCCAUGAAAGGAAUCCAACCAUUUGAAAAAGCUAAAGUUUUGCAGUGUGGGUGUAAAGAAGCUUUUUGGGUUGUUGGAGUGUUGAUUUGCCUGCUGGUGGUGGCCAUGGAUAUCGUGGCCGGCCUACUCGGCAUCGAAGCCGAAAUUGCACAGAACAAGGUUAAGCAGCUGCGGCUGUGGAUAUUCGAAUGCAGAGAGCCAAGUGAGCAGGCUUUCAAGCUGGGAUUAGGGGCAGCGGGACUGCUGGGAUUGGCCCACAUAAUUGCUAAUCUGCUGGGCGGCUGCAACUGCAUUUGCUCUCAAGAAGAGAUCCAAAAGUCUCCCCCUAACAGGCAACUCUCCCUCGCAUGCCUCAUCUUCACAUGGAUAAUUCUAGCGGUGGGGAUGUCGAUGCUGGUGAUUGGGACAUUGUCGAACAACAAAUCCAGAGCAUCCUGUGGAUUCACACACCAUCACUUUCUGUCAAUCGGAGGGAUUUUGUGCUUUGUUCAUGCCUUGUUUUGUGUUGCUUAUUAUGUUUCUGCCACUGCUGAUGAGUAAUAUUGGAAGUCACAAUUUCUGCUUAGUGCUUCAAAUUCCAAAUUCCUUUUCUUUUUUUUUCUU